AUGAGUUCCAGUAAGGUUCCUACCCAAGAGUGGAGAAAGCAAGACCAAGAAAUUGUCUGUCAAUGGUCAGAGAACAUGCAACAUACUCAUGGUGACGCAUUAUCACAGAAUGUAAUCAUGCCAUUUCCAAAUGUAACGUUUCCAGAAAAUCAGUUGGAUACCUUGAAACGUUUAUGGGAGGGUUUAAGACCAGAUAGAAAGACCCAGUUCAUAAAAAAAUAUGGCCACAUAGCGCAGCUCCUGUACGUGCGAGUAAACUUCUCAGUGUUGAGAGCAUUAGUUCAACAUUGGGAUCCGCCCUAUAGAUGCUUUACUUUUAGCUCAAUGGAUAUAACCCCAACUAUCGAGGAAUACCACACCCUCUUACAAAUACCACUGCAAGAGAAAAUUGAGGUUUAUUCCUAUGAUGGUGGGUUUACAUUGAAAAGGGCAGUAUCGCUGCUUGUAGGGAARAUAUCKGCUGRUGAGAUUGAAAAACAUGUGAAAAGGAAGGGAGAAAACACAUGCUURCCGAUAGAAUAUAUCCYGAGUCUUCAGYAGAGGUUCGUUAAUGAAGAAAGGGAGCUAUCGCUAUUAGCUCUGUGCUUAUUYAACUUGGUUUUAUUCCCUARAGUUAGUKGGUACGUUGAAGAGCRGGUGGUCAAGCUAUUUGUCAAGGUAGAAAUGGGGGUUAAUCUCGUAAUACCCAUCCUGGCAGAAACCUUCCGAGCACUAAAUUUUUGCAGAUCGCGAGGAGUAGGGAAAUUUAUAGGCUGUGCUCAGCUGCUAUACAUUUGGAUCCUCAGCCAUAUAAAUUGUCCACCAGAGUUCAAGUGUCCUCAGGUCAAAUUUUCAAGAUCGUGGAGUAGAUUACAAAAUCUCAUGCUUGAAUUCAACCAAGCAGAUUGGAGUCAAAUUCACCCAGGAAAAGAAGAGUGGAGCAUUUUCUUUGCAGGACUAAGGCCAGAAGACGUGGAGUGGAGAGCCCGAUGGAUGUCAACCAAACCUAUGAUGUAUAGGUGUGGUAAAUUUCAUAGUCUGUCGUUAUUGGGUCCAUGGGGAUGUGUAUCUUAUGCCCCAUUAAUGGUACUACGUCAGAUAUGGGUACGUCAGUUUAUCCCCGCCACACAUGACUUAAGAAACUCUGAAUUUGCCUAUGAUAUUGGGUUUUGCAAAAACAAAAUUCAGGAGGUCGUAAAGGCAUGGAAGACGAUUGUCAGAAUCCAAAGUGGCAAUUACCACGAUAAUAUAUUUGAAGGAUAUGAAAAGUGGCAUUCGAGUAGAGGAAAAACUGUGGUUCUCCUACCAACCGACAAGGGCAAAGGAAAGCUAGAGGUUCCCACUAGGAGAAUUCUUUCUGAAAUGAGCCCAAAUCAAUCCACUCAGCGGAAGGGAUUGUUCAAGAUAGCUCGCUCACUGGCACCACAUCGCACUUACCGUACUAGACGCAGGGCAAGAUUAAUGAUGGAAGAUCAAAAAGCCGAGCAGGAGAAAACAAGGAAAGAUAUCGAGGAGUUGCGAGAAAAGUUAGAUGUCAUCCUCCUCGCGUUGGAAAAAGGCAAAUCGGCUGCAGAUCCUGCUACAUCUAGCAACCCUGUCCAUGAGCCGCAAGAAACCCCGCCUUAUCCACUUUGGUAA